AUGGCCAGCCUCAGCGCUCGCCAGCUGCUGAACUCGUUACAGUUUGGAAUUUGCGUGAUCGACAUCCGCGCCGUGCGCAAAGCCGCAGGCGGGUCUGGCUUGCAUCCUGGAGAUGCAGUCAAAAAGCUGCAGGACCUCGGCUUGAAUGUCAUUCUGGUGGUGUAUGAUGAUGGCGAAGACGGCGAAGAGGCAAGCCAUCCUGGGAUUCGUGUUGACAAGCUGCUGCUCCACCGUGCCGCCUUGGACGAUGGUGCGGAGGUCAUUCGAGUGGCGGCCGAGUACGAAUGCGCCUUCGCUGUGCCGGCGAGGGCUGGUGAGGCAUCGUGGCCAUGGACCCUGCAGAUGCCAUACAGGCUCUGGGCUCAAUCAGCUGCUCCCCUGUGCGAGGUCCACUUCACCGUUGAAGCCAGCGGGAGUUUCACUGCAAGGCUUCCUGAGGCACUGAAGAAGCAUCUGCGAAAGCUGCGCUUCCAGAAGCUCCCGGAGGUGAGAACGAAGCAGCCUCAGCCCCAAGACUUUAAGGAGCCCCUGCAAUGGGAUUCGGGCCAGGCCUGCAUCCUGACCGUGUCACGAGGCGAGCGCCAGGAAUGGCUGCUGUGCAUCGGCGAGCUGGGAGAGUCCACGCUGCUGCAGGAAGCCUCGCACCUGGCCUACUUCCUCCUGGAAACCCAUGGAGGCGAUUCAUGGAGCGAGCGUGAGGAUGACCCCUGCAUCACCGAAGCGCUCUGCGAGAUCGGCGGUGACUGGGGCGGGAGUCGCUCCACUCUGCUCACAGCGGCUUGUGGACCACAUGCGGGGCUCCGCGGCUUGGGCAUUGGCAGCAACAAGAAGCAGCGGCAGCGCGCCGCGCUUCUGGCGCUGGCAGCUACGGCCUUUGCCCAGUGGGCGGGCGAGGAUGGAACCGGAAUUGCAACUUGCGCUCCUGAG